UUACUAUCAGCAUAAUUUGCUACACCACAACAGAACAACAACAACAGAUCCUAGACAAACAAAUAAGAUGUCGACUGAAGAACGUUCUCCUGAUAAAUCUUUCAAAGAAACUGUUGAAAAAUUAAGAAAACUGUGUGAAGAUAAAGAGAUAAAAGAGAAGAUCAUAGGUGAAUUGUGGAACACUGAAGAGAAAUACUCCUUACAGGAGAAUAAACAUUCAGAGGAAAGGACGAUUAUUAAUGACUCUAUUCAUGGUCACAUUGAGCUGCAUCCUCUGCUGGUGAAGAUCAUAGACACACCUCAGUUUCAGAGACUGCGUAAUAUAAAACAGCUGGGUGCAGGAUACUGGGUUUACCCUGGAGCAUCACAUAACCGCUUUGAGCACUCCAUUGGGGUGGCAUAUUUAGCAGGAUGUCUGGUCAACAAUCUACAAGAAAAACAACCAGAGCUCAAAAUAACCAAUCGAGACAAACUGUGUGUCCAGAUCGCUGGUCUAUGUCAUGACUUAGGUCAUGGUCCAUUCUCUCAUUUGUUUGAUAACAUGUUCAUUCCUGAAGUCCGACGUAGAGCUGAAGAGAAAAAGAGAGAAGCAGAGGAAGAAAAGCAAUCACAAGAAUGCUCCAAAUGGACGCAUGAAAAGGGAUCAGUUAAUAUGUUUCAAUACAUGGUAGAUGAGAAUACACUGAAACCAAUAAUGGAAGAACAUGGACUGAUCGUUGAAGAAGACAUUAAAUUCAUCAAAGAAUUAAUCGAAGGGGUGGAUAUUUCGAAGGAGAAAUGGCCAGAGGAAUUGACUGGCAGGACUGAAGACAAAUCCUUCCUGUAUGAGAUUGUGUCAAACAAACGCAACGGCAUUGAUGUGGACAAAUGGGAUUAUUUUGCACGGUAAAAAAGUUCUGUCAUU